CUCUCUCCAUGGGGCUGAGCAGGGUCUUACUUAAAGCAUCAUUGCUGUUUUCAUCCUCCUCCUCCUCCUCCUCUUCUUCUCCGGCUGCGGCUGCUUUCUCCGCCCUGAAUGAAUGAAGCUUUAACCAUCUGAGGGUCUCCUCCGCCUGCACCCGCCUCUUAUAUUCCUGUUGUCGACCAGCGAGGCCGAGCUGGGGGGCAAUCCGGGGAAAGGGAGCCGCGGCGCCGCGCACCGGCCGACGGACGCUCCGCCGCGACGCACCACCAACAUGCUCACCAGGGUCAAGUCCGCCGUGGCCGGGUUCAUGGGUGGAAUCAUGGCCGGGGGCAGCUCCGGCGGAGGGGGCAACGCUGGUUCCGAGCUGCCGCUGAAAUUUCCAUAUAUGAGACCUCAGUUCCUUGGACUGUCCCCGGAUGAAAUCGAGUGCUCCGCGGACCACAUAGCCCGGCCCAUCCUCAUCCUGAAGGAAACCAGGAGAUUACCGUGGGCCACCGGCUACGCUGAGGUGAUCAAUGCUGGUAAGAGUGCGCUGAAUGAGGACCAGGCCUGCUGCGAGGUGGUGGUAGCAAGACGGAGGCCUAUGAGCUACUGCCCUCCUUCCACGCCCAGCAAGACUCCCACGACCAAGAGACGCAACUCCCUGCCCAACGGGGAGGCCCUGGGGCUCCGUAUAGAGCACAGCAGGCUGGGAGAGGACAGUGAAGGAUUCGUGUUCCACUACUGGGCCUUGUUUGAUGGCCACGCUGGUUCAGGUGCGGCAGUCGUCGCUUCCCGCCUACUGCAGCACCACAUCGCCUGCCAGCUCCAGGGUGUCAUCGAGAUCUUGCGCAAUGUAGCCUCCCUGCCCCCGACCGUCCUGGGCGAGGAGCCUGACAACAACCCCUACCUCCAGGGAAACACCCCAGGCCCUCACCGAGCCCUGACUCGGGCUGCUUCGCUGCGGGGCGCCACAGGUGCACCCGGCUCUCCGUGCAGCACCCCGCCUCCUCCACGCUUCUUUAUCGAGAAGAAGAUCCAGCAUGAGAGCCUGGUGAUAGGAGCCAUAGAAAACGCCUUCAAAGAAAUGGAUGCCCAGAUUGAGAAGGAGAAACAAGUCUAUAAUGUCACAGGAGGAUGCACAGCCCUCACUGUUGUUUACCUGCUGGGAAAACUAUACGUUGGGAACGCAGGUGACAGCAGGGCUAUCAUUAUUAGAAACAAUGAAAUAAUUCCCAUGUCGACGGAGUUCACGCCAGAAUCUGAACGACAGCGACUCCAGUUUUUGGGUUUUAUGCAGCCUCACCUGUUAGGAAAUGAGUUCACGCACUUGGAAUUUCCCCGGAGAGUUCAGAGGAAGGAGGUGGGCAAGAAGAUGCUCUACAGAGAUUUCACCAUGAAUGGAUGGGCAUACAAGACCAUUGAGGAUGAAGAUCUCAAGUUUCCGCUAAUAUACGGGGAAGGGAAAAAGGCGAGGGUGUUGGCCACCAUCGGUGUGACUCGUGGGCUGGGGGACCAUGACCUCAAAGUUCAUGACUCCAACAUCUACAUCAAACCGUUCCUUUCCUGUUGCCCUGAGGUUAAGGUAUAUAACCUGACACAGUAUGAGCACGGGGCUGAUGAUGUUCUGGUGAUGGCAACUGACGGCCUCUGGGACGUCCUCUCCAACCAGGAAGUAGCCGAAUCUGUGACCACAUUCCUAGCCAACUGUGACCCAGAUGAUCUGCACAGGUAUACAAUGGCAGCACAAGACCUAGUGAUGCGAGCACGUGGGAUGCUGAGGGACAGAGGCUGGAGGAUCACCAAUGAGCGUUUGGGCUCGGGAGAUGACAUCUCAGUCUUCAUCAUACCGCUGAUGUAUGGCAACCGGCAGCCCUGAGGAGCCCAACAGAGAUGCUGAGGUUCAAGGACCUGAAGGGCAUGUAGGCUCUUAAACCAAGAGGAAUGAGUAAUCCUGGACUGAGAAUCCCCCUUUCAAUUCCCUUAGUGCUGUUUGCACUUUCCUCUUCUUCUUUAGACCAAGGACACUCUAAUAUUUGGGUAUUUAGUUAUUUGUUGGUGUUUCAUAUCUCUAUAGAAGUUCAGAAUUGGUCAGCCACCAAAAUUUGGCUGCUCAGGGGAGCCUUUUUGUAAAGCAUCAAAAGUCAGAAAUACUCCAACAUGAACAUUUAGACACCUCGUAAUUUCACUUGUCAUGACUUAAAAUUGUCAAGAAGUAAUAUGGUCUGUUCAGAGCUGAUUAAAGUGAUAAAGGAAAGAAUCUUGAAUGUUGGAAGUGAUGGCAGUUCCAAAGGAUGCCCCUGAACUUCUGCAGAGAUGUGAACGCUGAAAUAGGUGAAUAAUCUUCCACAGUGAAGAAAAGACCUCUUUCUAUCUGUCCUUCGUACCUCUCUUGCUGUGCUGUACUAUACUCGGCUCCUUUUCUUUUUUUCUUCUCCUGUACUGUACA